AAAUAAAAUAAAAGUCAUUCAUGCAUGUAGUAUUACUCUGCCAAGUGGGAAUAUGGCAUCCCAAUUCAGAAAGAGGUCUAGAAGUCAAGGAAUCUUUCUAAGUUUUUUUUUUUUUUUUUUUCUAAGGGUAGUUAGGACUUGGGAGAAUGUAUGUGCUACAAACUUCUCACCCUUCAUAUAUUUUUUUAGUAUCAUCAGUUAAGUCAUUUUCUAUGUUGUCUUUAUAAUUCCCUAGAUUUAAGAGCAAAGGGAGUGGUUUUGUUCAGAGUAUUGCACAUAUACUGGUUUUUCUAAAUGAGUUCUAAAAAGAUUACAUGGAAGUCUAUUGUGUUGAUCUUAAACUGUUACAGGACUCAAAGUUCCUUACAGGAAUCAGAGAAACAGGUUUUGAAACAAGGUUCUUUCCAAAGGUUAUGCCUAUCGGAUAUAAGCAUUCCUAGCUCCCCUCAGGCCAUUGAAGAUCUUUCCAUUUCCCUUGUUGGCCCAAAGCUUUACACAUUCACCCUAGAGGAGCUAAGGGAAGCAACACAUAAUUUCUCAUGGAGUAAUCUUCUGGGUGAAGGAGGGUUCGGACCCGUGUACAAAGGUUUUGUUGAUGACAAACUUAGACCUGGUUUGAAGGCUCAGUCUGUAGCAGUGAAACAACUGAACUUGGAUGGCUUCCAAGGUCACAGGGAGUGGCUGGCGGAGAUUAUAUUUCUUGGACAGCUGAGGCAUCCACAUCUUGUUAAGUUAAUUGGCUACUGUUGUGAGGAGGAGCACAGGCUUCUUGUGUAUGAAUACAUGGCUAGAGGCAGCUUGGAGAAUCAACUAUUCAGAAGAUACUCUGCUGCCUUGCCAUGGUCAACAAGGAUGAAGAUUGCACUGGGUGCAGCUAAGGGUCUGGCCUUCCUUCACGAAGCAGAUAAACCUGUAAUAUACAGAGAUUUCAAAACUUCAAAUAUCUUACUUGACUCGGAUUACACGGCUAAAUUAUCAGAUCUUGGGCUAGCAAAAGAUGGUCCUGAAGGGGAAGACACACAUGUAACGACAACAUGCAUAAUGGGAACCCGAGGCUAUGCUGCCCCUGAGUACAUCAUGUCAGGUCACCUUUCCGCCAAGAGUGAUGUGUAUAGCUAUGGAGUGGUUUUGUUGGAAUUGCUUACAGGGAGAAGGGUAGUGGAUAAGUGCCGACCCAAUAGAGAACGAACCCUUGUGGAAUGGGCAAGGCCUCUUUUGAGAGAUCAAAGAAAGUUGCACCAUAUAAUAGACCCUAGAUUAGAAGGGCAGUUUCCUACGAAAGGAGCUUUGAAGGUUGCUGCAUUGACCUAUAAAUGUUUGAGCCACCACCCCUGUCCAAGGCCAACUAUGAGUGAUGUGGUAAAGAUACUAGAGUCUCUUCAGGAUUUUGACGAUGUGAUCAUAGGACCAUUUGUGUAUGUUGCAGUGAGUGAAAGUAGCCAAUGA